CUGUGAGCACACACGAUGUGCGCGAACUUAAACGCACCAUGCAGACACCACGUGUGCCCAGGACUCCCGUGCACGCCGCGCGCAGACAGCCCGGCGGCUGAGCCCUUCGCCGCAAAGCCGCCCCGCGCUGCCAGGCUUAGUAGCGAGCGGUGUCAGCAGCCGGCAGCGGCGUCCCGUGGAGCUGGUGCUGGGCUCUUCCCGGGCGGCUGGGGCCGAUGGGGGACGCGCUGGACGAGCCUUGGUGGGAGCCUCAGCCCGGCACACACAGGAGCAGCGUCAGCAAGAGCCCAGGUAAGAACACUUCUUGCAGUGCUUUUGCCCUGGAAUUUCUCGUUUGAUCCUUCUGAUGAUGAAGAAAUGGAAAAAUCAACUAACACAAGUAAACCAGCGAAGCCUGACUCAGACUCCAAGUCCAAACCUGCUGCAUCAAAGAAAAGAAAACAGCCUGUGGAAUGUUUUCUAACUCGUCCUGAGGAAAAAGAAGAAAGCACUGCGAAGGUGAAAAGGAGAAGGAAGAAGAAAAUUUCUGAUAUUCUUGCAAAAUCAUGUCCAAAACCAGGUGUCCCUGAAGACCUACAAAAGCUGCUUAGUCAACACUUUGGUACUAAACGUUCAGUGAUUGAACUAGAAGAGUUAAAACUGCCAGAUUCCUGUUUCCUGCCAGCCAAUGACCUCACCCACAGUUUUUCUUCAUACCUGAAGGAAAUCUGUCCCAAAUGGGCAAAACUUCGUAAAAACCACAAGGAGAAGAAGUCUGUGCUGAUGCUGAUUAUCUGCAGUUCUGCUCUCCGUUGUUUGGAGCUCAUUAAGUCAGUGAUGGCAUUCAAAGGAGACUGCAAAAUUAUUAAAUUGUUUGCAAAACACAUAAAGAUAAAAGAACAGAUGCACAUGCUGGAGAGUGGUGUCAUCCACCUGGGUGUAGGAACACCUGGAAGGAUAAAAGCACUAGUAAAACAAGAUGGCCUUAGCUUGAACUCCCUGAAGUAUCUGAUUUUGGAUUGGAACUGGAGAGAUCAGAAGUUAAGGAGAAUGAUUGAUAUUCCUGAGAUAAGGAAAGAAACAAUUGACCUUCUGGAAAUGGGAAUUAUAAAGCUGUGCAGAGAAGAUUCUGUGAAGCUGGGACUCUUUUAAUGGUGUAACUAACAUGGAUGCAAUUUAAGGCUGUAGUAGGCAACUGUUCAGUGGCUGACUGGAUUCAGUUCUUUCAUUUCUGAGAUGCUGUGUAUUACAAUGUUUGUCAGCAUCUGGCCCUCUUAUAAUAAAGCAAAGGUUUGCAU